AUGCACGGCUCUCCCUCCCCUCGCGGCGCCAGCGCUCGCAGGGGCCGCUCCCCGCGCACUCAUCCCACCAGCCCCGCCCCCUCCUCCCUUCCCCCCGAUUUUUCCGCGAAGGCUCCUGCCACCUUCACCUCGUGCCUGAGUAUCGCUGUCGAGGGCGCUAUUCCGAUCGAACGCCCGGACCCGACGGCACCACCCCAGGACAUCCCUGCCCCCGCCGCCUCUGCCGACUCCAAGCGCGCCCCGCGCAAAUCCAAGACCGACGCCCUUGCUGCGCUGCACACGCAUGCGCAGACGACCCUCGGUGAGGAGUCUCUCAACGACACUAUCAACGACGAGGCCGGCAUCCGCAUACAGCUGCGCGACGGCCCUCCCCUCUCCGUGCCCCAAAUGCUCGACCUCUCGUCUGUCAAGACUGCAGAUGCACGGCCAACAACUCCCAAGACCGGCCCGAGGCCGUUCGGGCUCACCGAUUGUCCCACUUUCCACCCGACACCCGAGCAGUGGAAGGACCCCAUGGCGUAUAUUGCCUCCAUUGCGGACGCAGGAAAGCGCUACGGCAUGUGCAAGAUUGUGCCGCCGGCGGGCUGGAACAUGCCCUUCGUGACGGACACCGAGCGGUUCCGGUUCAAGACCCGGUUGCAGCGUCUUAACUCGAUCGAGGCCUCGUCGCGUGCAAAGGUGAAUUUUCUGGAGCAGCUGUAUCGGUUCCACAAGCAGCAGGGCAAUCCCCGCGUCUCCGUUCCCACCAUCAACCACAAGCCGCUCGAUCUCUGGCUGUUGCGGAAGGAAGUGCACAAGCUCGGUGGCUAUGAUGCGGUCACGAAAGACAAGAAGUGGGCGGACCUGGGGCGGCUCUUGGGCUACACGGGCAUCCCGGGCCUCGCGACACAGCUCCGCAACUCUUUCAGCCGUGUCAUCCUUCCCUACGAGCAGUUCUGCGACCGCGUCCGCAGCUCGCCGGCGUUGUCCCCGAACAAGGCGCGCGAUCCUCAGUUGAAGACCCACGUCAACAUCCAGGGCGCCGCAAGCAUCCCCCGCCCAAGCACGCCUGAUUCUGCCGCUGGCGACGAGAGUCCACCGUCAAGUCCUCUCACCGCUACUUCUAGCCCCCUAUCUGAACCGCCCGACGAGGGAGAUCACAAGGAUGCCAACGGUGUGAAGUCGGAAUCUUCGAGGCCACGGAGGAGUGCAAGACAUGUUUCGCAAGAGCAUGGCGCUCGACGAGCGUCUACUGCAAAUGACACAGGUCAGCUAGCAUUUGCCAAGACAGCGUCGCAAGACAACAAGUCGCCUCAGGAGCUUCAUUGCGAGAUUUGCCUCAAGAAGGACCAGGGCGAGAAGAUGUUGAUAUGUGACGGUUGCGAUUGCGGCUUCCACAUGUUCUGCCUCGACCCCCCUCUCGUCAACAUCCCCCGAGGCCAGUGGUUUUGCCACACAUGUCUUUUCGGCACCGGUGGAGACUUCGGCUUCGACGAAGGUGAAGAGCACAGCUUAUCCAGCUUCCAAGCGAGGGACCUCGAGUUUCGGCGCCUAUGGUUCCUCAGCCACCCACCGCAAUCCGUCACGGCGAACGGCGGCCAAUCUUCGUCCAGUGCUCAUGCAAACGAUCCUUAUGCUAACCGCUUCGGAAACAUGGUGGUCACGGAAGAUGAUGUGGAGAAGGAAUUUUGGCGGUUGGUGCAGUCGCAGAACGAGACGGUGGAGGUUGAGUAUGGUGCCGACGUGCACUCCACGACACACGGAAGUGGGAUGCCCACGUUGGAGACUCACCCGCUAGACCCCUACUCGAAAGACCCCUGGAAUUUGAACAACAUCCCCAUUCUCCCUCAGUCUCUCCUUCGCUAUAUCAAGUCUGACAUCUCUGGCAUGACCGUACCUUGGACUUACGUCGGAAUGAUCUUUUCAACGUUUUGCUGGCACAACGAGGAUCACUAUACCUACAGUAUCAACUACAUGCACUGGGGCGAGACCAAGACAUGGUACAGCAUUCCUGGCUGUGACGCCGGGAAGUUUGAGGCAGCUAUUAGAAAGGAGGCGCCUGACCUCUUCGAGGCGCAGCCCGACCUGCUUUUCCAGCUCGUUACGCUCAUGAACCCGCAGCGUCUCAAGGAGGCCGGUGUAGACGUCUAUGCGUGCAACCAGCGCGCCGGAGAGUUCACCGUCACGUUCCCGAAGGCUUACCACGCCGGCUUUAAUCACGGACUCAACUUCAACGAGGCGGUCAACUUUGCAUUGCCGGACUGGCUGCCGCUCGGACUAGACUGUGUCAAGCGGUACCAGGAGCACAGGAAGAUGCCGGUGUUCUCGCAUGACGAACUCCUUAUCACCGUCACACAGCAGUCCCAGUCGAUACAGACAGCGCUAUGGCUAAAUGAUCCCCUCCAGGAGAUGACGGAUCGCGAAAUGGAUGCACGAACCCGCGCUCGCGCUCGGCAGAUGAACGAGGUCCUCGAGGAGACCGACCGAGGAGACGACCAGUACCAGUGCAGCGUCUGCAAGGUUUUCUGCUACCUCUCCCAGAUCACAUGCACCUGCACGAACAAGAUUGCAUGCAUCGAUCACGUCGACCAGCUGUGCAAGUGUCCGCCGGUUAACCACGUCUUGCGGAAGCGCUUUAGCGACACGGAGCUCCAGGACAUCCAGGCGCGGGUAUCGGAGCGCGCAGCCGUACCGACGGUCUGGCGCGGGAAGCUGAAGCGGCUCCUUGACGACAGCCCGCGGCCGCCGCUCAAGGGCCUCAGGAACCUGUUCACCGAGGGCGAGCGCAUCCAGUUUCCGCUCGCGGAACUCAACUCCUUGCGCAAGUGCGUCAACAAGGCGAACGAGUGGCUCGAGGCCGCGAACGGCAUACUCAUCCGGAAACCGACCCGGAAGCGCACGCGCAAGUCGCGCGGGCGUUCGUCCACGGCAGACACCGGCCUGAGCACCGGCAUCGGAGACGAGAUCAUCGACAAGCCGGACCGUACUCUCGAGGACCUGUAUGCGCUCCUGUCCGAGGUCGAGAACCUGGGCUUCGACGCGCCGGAGAUCGCGCAACUGCGCACGAUCGCGGCCGAGGCGGAGGACACGCGCAGGAAGGCGCGGGCGCUCCUCGAAGCGAAGACACUGCCGCGGGAGCGCGAGAUGUACGUGCGCGAGUGCGAGCAUCUUAUCCUACACGCGCAGACGUUGAACGUGCUCGUGGACGAGAUCGUGGAGGUGGAGAAGAUUGUGCUCCGCGAGCAGCUGGUCAAGGAGCUCGAGGAGGCCCUCGAUGACGACAACCUCACGCUCGAGGACGUGCGGCAGCUCAUGGCGCGUGCGCAUGCGUGCAAUCUGCCCGCUGAGAACAUGUACAUGCAGCGGCUGGAGACGCUUUUGCGGGCUGGCUCAAACUGGGAGGAAAAGGCGAAGGCGUUGCUCGACAAGCAGCAGCGUACACUCGAAGACCUGGAGGAGUUCGUCAAGCCGAGGCGCAGUGGUAUGCCCGUCGACCCAGACUUGCUCGAGCGUAUUCUGGACCUGCGGAAGAAGGGCAAGGAUUUCGAGAAGCAGGCGAAGAUCUGGCUGCUCUCCGAGCCCGGCGCCCCGAAACCCAAGGUGCAGGAAGUCGUACGCCUCGUCACCGAGCACGACAAGGACUUUGAAAUCCCCGCGGUGGAAGAUCUCAAGCGCACCGUCGACUUCGCGCAGGACCUCGAAGCGCGCUGUGAAGCGGUGAUGCGGGGGAUCUACAACCCGCAGGACGAGCCGGACGUGUUCCAUACGAUGCUGCAGUGGCGCAAGUACGCGAAGGAGCACCUGACGAUGUUCUCGCUUCCGAACUUCGAGACGCUCGACAAGCAGCUGACGACGCACUUCCGCUGGCUCGAGGGCCUGCCGUGGUGGUGCCGGCAGCACCAGGAGUCGCAUGGGCAGCCGAUCCUCGAUGAUGUUGUGGAGUCGACGCGGCCCGAGGACGACCUGCCCCCGAACGACGAGUACUUCACCUGCAUCUGCACAACUCCUGUUCGGCCUCCAGCCCACGGCACGGUGUCGGACGCCGUGCAGUGCGACCACUGCUUCGCACGCUUCCAUGGGAUCUGCGCGGCCAACGGCGGCUCGUGUCCGUUCUGCGACCACCACCACUGGAAUGGCACUAUCCACAAGGAGCGCAACUGGCACUUUUUCUUCCUCCCGCAGUUGCUCUUGCAGGCCCCUGAUGUUACGAAGAACUACUCGGAGGAGUGGAAGCAGCUCGAGAUCAUCGUGCAUCGAGUCGACCGCCUGUGCGCCGUCAUCGGUCAAUUCCUAUCGUUCGCUGCGCAGCCGACCAACCAUCGCGUGGACUACAUCCCGCAGGUCCGCCACUACAUGCGCAAGCUGUACAAGAUCCAAUUCAACGUCGCCUCGAACCCCGACGCGAACUUCGGCCUCGAUUUGGCGGGUCUGCACCGUAUCCUGGCUGGGCAGCCGAUCCCUGUGCGGAUGAAGAAGCGCCGCCGGCCGAAGUUCGUGUUCGGGCAGGACGUGGACAAGGACUGGAACGACGGGACGCGGUGCAUCUGCCGUGGGCGCACGAACUAUCUUCUGAACUUCGCGAAGGUCGAGUGCGAGGUCUGCAACAAGUUCUAUCACGGUGGAUGCGUCUUCUACCCGGCGGACGGGGCCAACAACCGUUUCAUGUGUCCGCUCUGUUGUGUGCGGAAGAACAGGGUGUACCCAUACUCUGAAGUGCGCGUGAAGCAUGUCGAUACCAAGGAGGGGGAUGUGUUUGUGGACACGAAGGAAAUGCUCGACACUUUCAGCAAAGACAUCGUGUAUAUGCGCCUGCCCCCGCCGUACACGCAGACACUUUUCGUGGAGCUCAUUCGGUUUACGCCCGGCCAGCCGGACAACGUAGCUGCCAACGGUUCUACUCCCUCCGCACCUCCUAGGAAUGGCGCGGGCCCUGCCAACCACCAGGCACCAAUGACCCUCGCCAAUGGCAGCUCUGCGAACCCCCGCGCGAUGCAUCCCCACCCUCACUCUCAUCCCCAUCCCCAUUCCCACCCGCACCCUCAUGGUCAUCCUGCACACCCUGCUCAUCCUCAUGCUCACCAUGGGCCCGUCUCCACGCCUCCCACCUCUGCAGGGCCUUAUGAAGCGCCCCCACACGGGCCUCACGGACCUGGCCAGCUCAUCCCCCCUCCGCCAUGGGCAGCUACCAGUCGGUGGAGUAGUGCCGCUGCCGCUGCCGCGCCGCCAAGCGCGAGGACAAUGCCGUCCAUGCCUCCCGGCAGCGAGCAGCUGCGGUCUCCUCUUUCUACUCCUCCACAAGGCUCCCGGAAACGCAAGUACCCAGACGACAUGCCUCCGGGUGCACCGGACGAACGACUCGCUCCCGCCCCAAUGAUCAGGUCCCCUAAGCGUCUCCACUCGAGUCAGACCACGCCACCUAUGCCCCGCGCCAACCCAGGCAUGUCGCCCUCGCUCGCGAUGAUGCUUGCACAGGCGCCGGGGGAUCCGCGCUCGCCGACGCGGCAGCCGUCCGGCUCGACUCCGUAUUCGCGGGGCCCGCCAGGUAUGGUGCCCCCAAGCCCCGUGGCCGUCGGGCGAGGUCCCGGACCCGAGGAUGGGAUGCCGUCGCCGUCGGGGUCGCAUCACAGCGUGCGAAAGGUCAAGGUUGGGUACCCUGGAGGUGGGCCUCCAAAUAGUAGGGGCGAGGAGGACCGUGGCUGGCGACCUCCGCCGCCGCAUGACAACCGCUCUCCCCCUGGUCCUCCUCGACACUGA